UGUCGCAGUCAGCUGUCCGCCGGUGGCAGGUAAAUAAACAAGCAUAUCUGUCGAACUGAAAAAGGAGUUGCUGUUGAGAAAGUUAAAAAGAAACGAAAAAUAUUACUAAAUAAAUCCCCAAAAAUGGACCUGAGCUAGAUGGGUUUACUGUGCGCCAAGCUGCGCGACUGCUGUUGUUUCCAAUCCUGCAGCUGUUGUGAGACUUCCUCGCCACCGAUGGAGGAGUUCCAGCUGCUGAUCCUUGGACCCUCGGGCAGUGGUAAAACGGAGCUGGGCCAUCGGAUGACUAGAGUUCCCAGAGCCUUGGAUGACCAGGAGGCGACGAAUGGAGUGCGCUGCUAUGAGGUUUCCACGGAGGAACUUCCUGCCAAACUCCAGCUGACCGAAGUCGGCGGCAAUCCGGAGAUGCAGCGCCUGUGGAAACACUACUAUGCCUCCUCGCAUGCCCUCAUAUAUUGCUUUGAUCUGGCUUCAGAUCCGGAUGAACUGCAGGCCACCUUUUCCCUGCUAACCGAUUGCCUUCGGGGCACUCAGCUGGCUGGCAAACCGGUGCUCCUGGUCGCCUCACAUCAUCGCGAUGGAGUCCAGCUUUAUGAUGUGGAAUAUGCCUUCGGCUUGGAGGAGCUGGCGGAGUCCUGCGGUUGUCCUCUGCUCAUCUGCCACAUGGACGAUGCGGAGGAUCUGCAGCGGGGAGUCCGGUGGCUCUGUCACCAGCUGUUGGCCAGAAAAUCACAGUUGGAGCAGCGGAUACGAUACGAUGUAAAUAUGCAGGUUUGGCAGCGAAGGAAGCGAUCGCUUUUAUCCAGCGGAAAGUUAGCUCAAGUGCAUCGACAGCGGUUUAGGCGGCAGACUAGAAAGAUAUUACCUACAAUCCAAGGAAUCGGUUUGAUGCGUCCAAGUACAGCACCUCCAAACAUUUUCUUCGUAAAUUCCCAACAGGCGGAAAGUCCCAAGUUGUAGGAAAAAGUGAUCACUAGCGCAUUUAUAGUGCCAAAAACCAUUUAAGUGUUUUGAAUAGAGGCUUCUUUUGCCAUUUUUAGCAUUAAAGUUUAUCAAUCAAGUUAAAUGUCUGUGACAAAGAUACGUUUAAUUAAAUGUAAAUAGCUUUUUUAAACAUGGAA